CAGGGCUCGGGCCUAGUUUGUGAAACGGGUAGGUUUGCGGGCGAGCUGUCAGCGGCCGUCUGCGGAGUCCCGGGCGCCAUGGAGACUGCAGAGCGUCCAGAUCCCAGAGUGGGCGAGUGCGCGCGCCGCGGCCGCCAGCUGCCCGGGGCCCCCGACUGCCCGACGCAGCUCGCAGGCGCAGACUCCCGAUCCGCAGGCUUCUGGAGACCUUGGGUUGAUGCCCGAGGCGAGCAGGAGGAGGCCCCUCACCAAGCAGAAAAAGGGAUGCCCAAUGGUCCCGGAAUGACCGAAGCCUCCGGAAAGCCUUCCGGAUACAGGCACCCAGUCAGACUAUUUUGGCCAAAAUCAAAGUGCUAUGAUUACUUGUAUCAGGAAGCAGAAGCUCUUCUGAAAAAUUUUCCAAUUCAAGCCACAAUUUCGUUUUAUGAAGAUUCUGAUAGUGAAGAUGAAAUUGAGGAACUGAUCUGUGAAAAUUAAUCUGAUUAGUUGUUUUCAAUGACGUUAAAAGCUUGUAGGAUUUGAAUUUAGUGU